CAGAUGCCACCAACAUCCCCAUGGACCCAAGUGUCACCGAUGUCCCCAUGGCUCCAGGACCUCCAGAUGCCACCAGGACCCCCAUGGCCACUUGUAUCCCCAUGGAUACGGGGUCACCAAGUGCCACCAAUGAUGUCCCCAUGGCACCAGGACCUCCAGAUGCCACCAGGACCCCCAUGGCCACCCGUGUCCCCAUGGAUACGGGGUCACCAAGUGCCACCAAUGACAUCCCGAUGGCACCAGGACCUCCAGCUGCCACCAGGACCCCCAUGGCCACCCAUGUCCCCAUGGAUUUAAGGUCACCAGGUGCCACCAAUGACAUCCCCAUGGCACCAGGACCUCCAGAUGCCACCAACAUCCCCAUGGCCACCCGUGUCCCCAUGGAUUUAAGGUCACCAAGUGCCACCAAUGACAUCCCCAUGGCACCAGGACCUCCAGAUGCCACCAGGACCCCCAUGGCCCCCAACGUCCCCUCGUCCCCAGACCCCCUCCCCCCUCUCCACGUUCUUUUGGGUCGGGGGGUGUCACCCCACGGCCUCGGCCCCCCGUUCCGCGUCCACCUCCCAGGACGCAUCCCGGCACCGGGACCGGAGACGGUGACGGCGGUGACAUCGGGACUUUGGCCGUGGGUUUCCCGAGGCGACAGAUGUGAUAAAAACGAGAGCGAGGAGAUCGGCGAUACGUCGGCGAUGGCGGCGGCGGUGACGGCGGCGCGACGUGGGGCGAGGAUGGGGAUGGUGCCGUGCGGGGCGGCCGUGGUCGAUCCGGUGAGCGGUCGGGUUGUGGCGACAGCGUGGGACAGGAGGAGGGGGGGGCACCCGCUGGGACACGCGGUGAUGGAGGUGUUGGCUGCGGUG